AUGAUGCGUCAAAUCGUUGCUCUCCUUCUCUUGGCUUCUGCCAGUGCUUUUUCGGUUGCCCCAAUGACCAACACUCGUGUGAACACCAUGGCUUUGUUCGCCGAAGAAGACUCGUAUACAUCCAGUGCACGACCAGUUGAAAGAGGUGUUUCCGUUGACCAAGAUGGAAAGUCCAACGUUUGGGCUAUUGAGCCAAAGAUGGAAGUCAGCUCCAAAUCCAAUGAAGAGAAGACACAAUCUGCAAUUGUUGCUGCCGGGGGUUUCGGCGCUUUUGCCGUCCUUGCUGGAGUUGUCCUUCUCAACUUGCCUGAUCCCAACCAAUUUUAA